AUGGGAUACCCGUCAGAGGUCCAAGUAAACGAUUUAGUUUCGUGCUUCAGAGAUUGGUUCAUGUCCCGAAACAACCCGUUGCUUGAUCGAAUCUUCGAAAUCCUUCGUGCCCAUGAUGAAUCUGCUGCUGAUUCUGCCCUUUCCCUCUUCAAUUUGCGUCUCUCCGAAGCCUUAGUCCUCGACGUAUUAAGCUACGAGCAAAAAGAUACGCUUUCUUGCUUGAAAUUCUUCGAUUGGGCUGGACGCCGCCCGAAUUAUAUGAAACGAAGGUAUGUGCAUAAAGUUAGAUUUUACAACACUUUGGUGAUUGGAUACGCUGUUGCGGUCAAAUCUGAAGUUGCACUGGAGCUGUUCGGUAGAAUGAGGUUCCAGGACGUGGACUUGGACGCAUUUGCAAACCAUGUGCUGUUGAAUUCACUAGUCGAGGAGGGAUAUUUUGACGUGGUGGAAAUGGUGGCGAAGCAAAUUAGAGUCCGGGCAAUUCAGAAUGAGGAUAAUCAGUUUGAGAAGUCUGCAUUAUUGAUUGAGGAGUUCCAUAAAAUGAAUUUGGUUUCGAUGGAGUAUGCAUACAGCAUGUGGAUUAGGGACCAUGUUAAGGCUGGGAAGUUGGAUGGGGCAUUGGAGUUUUUGAAGGAUAAACAGUCAGUCGAGGGUUAUGUUCCUGAUGUUUUUCGUUAUAACUCAUUGAUUUGUAGGCUUUUGAUGGAGAAUAGGCUUAUUGAGGUGUGCGAUUUAUUGAUGGAGAUAAGGGGAAGGGAAUAUUGCCUGAUGAUGUUACAAUGA